AAUUUGUGGAGGAUUAUGAGCAAACAGAUUAUCUUGUUGAUUACGUCUGGGUUCCCAGGGGAGAACAUUAAUAUCUGCUGGAGUCCUGAUGGGCAGACCAUUGCUGUAGGCAACAAGGAUGAUGUGGUGACUUUCAUUGAUGCCAAGACACACCGUUCCAAAGCAGAAGAGCAGUUCAAGUUUGAGGUCAAUGAAAUCUCCUGGAACAAUGACAAUAACAUGUUCUUCCUGACAAAUGGCAAUGGUUGUAUCAACAUCCUCAGUCGUUAUGCUUAUUGAAGCUCAAAUUAUCCCAUCUUUGGCCAAUAGGAACCUCUUCAGGUUGGUUCCUGAACCCU